AUCAAAAUCAGAGAGCUGUCGACCCGCCCUAUUACCCUUUCCUGUACUUAAACGUAAGAGCGCUUAACAAUCACCUAAGGCUCACCGCUUGAUUUCCGACAUAGUGGCUCCAGGGUGAGCAGCGAGGUCCACAUUUGAAAUGCUCCCCCCGCCCCAUGGUGAUGCAGGCGAUCUGAGGACCGCACCCUGAGAGGCAGUGACAACCGGUUGACUUCACAAAAGGCAGGCUGCCCUCGGCGGCCACCAACGCCCAGGCUCCGGGCGGAACCGUCUCCGCCGCCGUCCGCCUGCCCCACCCUCCAGGCCCGGGUCGGCUGCGGGCGGAUUUCAGUCGGAUGUAGACCCGGGCGCAGAGGUAUCACGGCCAGCCACAACCUGGCUCCCACUUUUGCCAGCCACAGACACGGGUAGGACUUGCCACUUCGGGGUCCAGCAGCCUGUAACGCGGCCGCCCAUUGGCUCAGCUUCGUACCGUUCGACCGGAGAGCUUCCAAAGGCUUUAAGGAUUGGCUGGAUCGCCAGGCGCCGCGGCCGGUUGGCGGGUAGGAUCGCGUUCUGAGGGGCGGGUUCCGCUUGGGCCCCGCCUCCCUCUGCUGGCACCGCCCCUUGCUGCCACCUCCGCUCCGCAUCCGGUUCCGUCGGCUGGGCGCGCGGAGCUUCUUCGGCGUGUCUCUAUCACCUCCGCUGGGUGGGUCUGUCGGUGUGCGAGGCAUUGAAAGGGAGAAGGGGGUUGAGGAGGAGCGCGCUGCAGCGCGGCUGUCCUCGGAGCCUGCGGCCGCGGCGAACGUUCCACGCUGCUCAGACGCUCGGAGAUCAUGGAGGAUGCGACUAGGGCCUUGGGGAAAGGAAGCCAACCCCCGGGGCCGGUCCCCGAGGGCCUGAUCCGCAUCUACAGCAUGAGGUUCUGCCCCUACGCGCACAGGACGCGCCUUGUCCUCCGGGCCAAAGGCAUCAGACAUGAAGUUAUCAACAUUAACCUGAGAAACAAGCCUGAGUGGUACUAUACAAAGCACCCUUUUGGCCAAAUUCCUGUCCUGGAGAACAGCAAAUGUCAGUUGAUCUACGAAUCUGUCAUCGCUUGUGAGUACCUGGAUGAUGCUUAUCCUGGAAGAAAGCUGUAUCCAUAUGACCCUUACGAGCGGGCUCGCCAAAAGAUGUUAUUGGAGUUAUUCUAUAAGGUCCCACAUUUGACCAAGGAGUGUCUGGUAGCAUUGAGAUGCGGGAGAGAAUGCGGUGAUCUGAAGCUAGCCCUGCGUCAGGAAUUCUGCAACCUUGAAGAGAUUCUUGGCUAUCAGAACACCAUCUUCUUUGGUGGAGACCGUAUAUCCAUGAUCGAUUACCUCUUUUGGCCCUGGUUUGAGCGGCUGGAUGUAUAUGGAAUCGCCGACUGUUUGAACCACAUGCCAGCACUGAGGCUCUGGACAGCAGCCAUGAAGCAGGACCCCACAGUGUGUGCUCUUCUCAUAGAUAAGAACAUUUUCUUGGGCUUCUUGAAUCUUUAUUUUCAGAACAACCCUGAUGCCUUUGACUAUGGGCUACCUUGCUGAGCCUCAGUCCACCCCUUCACCAUCCAGAAUUCCCAAGCAUGUCGUGACUCUGCAUCAGAAAUUGUUUUGGUAGGUCAGUCAAUCUCUGUUCAUUUUCUUUGAGGUUCCCAAUAAACGUGGAGAUAGAAAAUGUAUUCUUUCUGGUAAUCCAUUUGUCUGACUCUUCUGGCUCAUACCUUCUCAUGAUUCCCUAGAAAUCUCUAGUGCCCAGUGCUAAUGUCCAAGCACAUUUGGGAGCCUGGGAGCCUGAGUGCCUCCUGGUUCCUUGGCCUUUG